CUCCGCCCUGGCCCGCCCACUGCACUAUCUCGAGCUACUCAUUUCGUCUCAACUCCAUCUUCAUUCUGCAACCACCCAGUUUUUAAGCGCACAAAACGACAGAAACUCGACGACGAAGCGCAUGGGCGAUCCCGGAUAACUGCCUUUAGCCUCGUACGGCACUUUUGAAAUACUGUAUCCUAUCAUACUGGCCUGCCACUUCGACCUCUUGUUUCAAACUUUGCGCGUCUCCCUACCGAUUGUACAUACCCGUUCGACUCGUUCUUGUGGUACUCAUUGGUGCUGUGAUGCUAUUACGCCUUUCAUCAAUCCACCUCGAAAAAUCCACUCGACUGAAAACGUAUUAAUAUCACGCUACGAGUAAUCACCUUUAAUACGAGAUGCCGUCAGCAUCGCAAUCAUCUCAACAGUCAUUCAGCAUGAGCCAACAAUCGCAUUCUGGUGUGGGUAACUCCUUCCGAGGUUACAAUGGCGAUUCUGAAGGAGCCACCAUCUACUCGGCAUCAUAUUCUGGCGUGGAUGUAUACGAGAUGGAGGUUAACAAUGUCGCCGUGAUGCGCCGUCGCAACGACUCAUGGCUCAAUGCGACCCAGAUCCUAAAAGUUGCCGGAGUAGAUAAGGGGAAGCGCACCAAGAUUCUCGAGAAAGAAAUCCAGACGGGCGAGCAUGAAAAGGUUCAAGGCGGUUAUGGAAAGUAUCAAGGUACUUGGAUAAAAUUCGAUCGAGGUGUCCAAGUUUGCCGUCAAUACGGAGUCGAGGAGCUUUUGCGACCACUCUUGACCUACGACAUGGGUCAGGAUGGAGGUGUUGCUGGUCGAGGUGAUUUUAAUACGCCAACCAAGGAACAAGCUAUGGCCGCACAGAGGAAACGGUUGUAUAAUCAAAGUACGGACGGAAGACCUAACGGUCUAAGUGGGACAUUUUUCAAGAAUAUCUCGACUACUGCUUCACAUGCCGUCGCCGCCAUCAGCAAAGCUCGCUUCGAUUCACCAGGCCCUCGAAGCCGUAAUGGCCCUUCGAGAGCGCCCUCCUUUAGCCGCCAAGCAUCCAUGCAGAACGGAGACGAUUUCCCUAGCAACUCUCAACAGAGCUUUGCUUCUGAUUAUGGACAACAAGUUGAUUCAGCAUACUCGACGCAACAGAUUAACAACUCAGUUCAGAUUAAUGAGACAGAGCCUCCCCGAAAACGUCAACGAGUGACCAUGACGCCAGGCGAUAGCUUUAGCGGAUACGGACAAAAUAUGGAUAUGUAUGCAGCGGCCUUCCCUGGAUCACCAACAGAACCAAACGAGUCCUUUAUCUACACCCAAAAUACUAUGCAGGAUGGCUCGCCGGUGGACGAGGGCAGUGGGCCCCUGGCGCCUCUCCCUUACGAGAUGUCACCAGAGGUUGAGAUGAAGCGAAACAUGUUGAUGAGCUUGUUUCUGGAAGCUCCUGGCACCGAUCCUACAAAGCACGAUAUGCUCCGAAGUUACACCCCGAAGGAAUUGGAUAUGCCUAUCGACUUGCAAAGCCAUACUGCUCUUCAUUGGGCUGCUACACUCGCCCGUAUGCCUCUACUCCGUGCUCUCAUCGCUGCUGGCGCUUCCCCGUCCCGCGUAAAUGCUUCCGGCGAAACAGCCCUGAUGAGGGCAUGUUUAGUCACAAAUUCACAGGAUCAUAACUCGUUUCCUGACCUCCUAGAGGUUUUGGGAAGCACCAUAGAGGCACGAGACCACAAGGGACGGACGGUGCUUCAUCAUAUUGCGGUAACGAGCGCUGUCAAGGGACGCAACGCUGCAAGCCGAUAUUACCUCGAAAGCCUUCUGGAGUGGGUUGUAAGGCAGGGCAGUGCACCUAACAGCCAGGCUACCAACGGGAAUGGGCCCAGCGGCUCGCAGUCGGGCCACCCAAAAAUGGGAAUCGCUCGCUUCAUGAGUGAGAUAGUCAAUGCUCAAGAUAGCGUUGGCGACACCGCCCUGAACAUUGCAUCACGAAUCGGAAAUCGCAGUAUCAUUUCACAACUAUUAGAGGUCGGCGCCGAUCCGAACAUCGCCAACCGUGUUGGUUUGCGCCCCCUUGACUUUGGCAUUGGUAGUGAGAAUGUUGAGGACAAAACGAACGGCGAAGCCAGUGUGGAUAAGAAUGGUGCGACAGGGACAAAUCAACGCAGCCGUGAGAGCAGUGAUGAGAUAGUAGCCUCCAUCUCUCACCUAUUAUCAGAAACAGGCUCCGCUUUCCAAACUGAGAUGAAGGCUAAACAAGCUUCUCUCGACACUCUUCAUACCACUCUCCGCACUACGUCAACACAACUGGGCGAAGCCCGACGAACUUUCGAGCAUUUGAGCGCGACACUGAAGAAGCAACAAUUAGCUAGGCAAAAGGUCGCCAAUCUGUCACACGCACGUGAAGACGAGCAAGUCCGUCUUAUGCAGGAACAGUCUAGAGCAUCACAGCCCAACCCCUCAUCUUCAUGGGAAACAGAGCUAUCGGCUAUGCUCGAAGCCGCUGAUGAUACCUCGGGCGGCGGCUUUGGUGGUGAGGGUCUCCUCCCUUCAGCAGCGGUUCUCCGUGCGCGUAUUCGUGCCGUCGAGGGACGCCGCGAUAUGACUCGAAAGAUGGUCCACGCCCUAAAAGGACGGAGUCGCGAUGUUGAAGUCAAGUACCGUCGUGUGGUGGCGCUGUGCACGGGAGUUCAAGAAGACGAGGUGGACGCUGUUAUUGACGGUCUACUCAAAGCUGUGGAAAGCGAACACGAGGAGCUCGAAAUCAACCGUGUGAGACGCUUCCUCGGCGGCGUCGAAGGCGUCGUGCACUGAUGCUGAGCGCUUCUUCUUGGAUUCUUCGACUGCACAGCACACAGCGGUUUGUGCUUAUUGCAGACUGUAACGACUACACUUUCUGUACGAUUCUGUGUUUAUUUGUACACGGUGCUUUUGAUACCCGCUGAGCCCGAAAAGCACCGCUGCUCGUGGUGAAUUAGAACGAUGGGCGUUUUCUUACUUACUGGCAUGGGCUCCACCCCUUUCUGUUUAUAUCUCCAUU